GAUCACAAGCCAGACGUCCCUAUGGAACAGGCUCGGAUAAACGCAGCCGGUGCAGAGGUGCGCUCCGAGAUUUUCGCGGAUGGUUGGAUGGUACAUCGCAUUUUCGCUCGUGGUCAGGAUUAUCCUGGAUUGUGCAAGUCGCGCUCCUUGGGCGACACGCUGGCUAAGGAUUGCGGGGUCCUGGCAGAGCCUGACAUUUCUGUCACGGAGGUGAAAGCCGGGAAAAAACCGUUCAUGAUCCUCGCGAGUGAUGGCAUCUGGGAGUUUCUGGAGUCGGAAUUUGUUGUCAAGGCGGUCUCCAAGAUCUUACCCUUGGAGGGACCCACGAGGGCACUGCACAAGCUGCACCGUGAAGCAAGGAAAAGAUGGAGACAGGAAGGCCACACCUACGACGACAUGACUGCGAUCCUUGUCAGAUUGUAG